AUGCUGCAAGAACUGGACGAUGCAAGCCGACUAACAGGCCUCAAAAUGAACAUGAAGAAGACUAAAGUCAUGGCAGGAUCAGCCAAAGAUCCAAAACCAAUCCAAGUGAACGGAAUUGUUAUCGUGGAUUCAACGACUGUAUCUGUUGCCAAUGGAGUUCAUGAGGGGUCGUUUACUCCUGCGGUGAUCUUCAAUUUGACUUUCGCACCAUCCACCUUAGCAACGUAUUCUGUGGGUGGGGCUGGUACAUUGCAGCUAUGGACUGUCGAUGCCUUCUUUACGUCUGACCCCAACGCUGUUACCACAACGUCUAAUCGACGUCUUCUACUGACUACUGCGCAGGAAAUCACUCUUUGGCAACCUCCAGCGUCAACCACCAUCUCUGGUCUGAAUGCUCUCCAAGUGACAGUUCCUGGAGGUGUAGUCUGCUCUGAUAUGGAAUUUUUUUGUGCUGUCAUUGGCAGAAAUACCGGUUCAUCACCCUUUUUUCAACUCACAGCUAGGGAUGACCCAGUCUCCUUCCAAGGUUGUGUCUCCAUAAAUUGUAGAGGUGUGGAAAUAACAGAUACGACUCUGCAGAUUUCAUCUGGAGACCUUCAAGCAGGGGAAUCUGGACAGAAAGUCUCUUUCAAUGUGCAGCUGGACUCAGAGUCUAGUGCUGGGAGCGUCAGCGGUUCCAGUUUAUGGAGCAUCGCCGCCUUCGGUAGCAACAAUUCGUUGGGGACUGGAAGCAGAUUUCAAGAGACUGUUGUGCCUACAAGCGGCAUACAAGGGACAGUAGGAAUAGACGCCGGUACAACGAGUACCAUUUCCGAUCUCUCUUUUGAAGUGAACCUUGGCAGUGGCUUUGCGACAUGUGAUGACUACCCAUUCAUCUGCAUAGAAGUGUCAAAGGGUAGCCUAGCUAUCCCUAACUUCGGUCUUUCCGGUGGUUCUAAUCUCGUCGCCUGCCAGGCAGUAACAUGCAGAGCUCAAGUUACUGAAACCCGUCUCCCAGAAACAACAGAUCCGUUGACACAAUCAUCGGCUUUCACUAAGAGACCUGUUACAACAACUGAACCUAAAGAACCAGUUAGCUAUAUCAUCUACAUCGUACUGACGGCUCUUGUACUUCUGCUUCUCCUGGUCAUUUGUUUCCUUCUAUGCUACGCUAAAAGAAGACGGAGACCAGCAUCAAGUCAAAACGACUCCAGAAAUGAGACGACUGCUGCCAGAGAACGCCGCUCAGACGGAGGACAACUAGACCAUGCAUAUGAUUACCCGCUGGAUAAAGUUCGACCUUUACCUUCAACACCAGCAUCAAACGAAUAUGACAUCACGAUUGAGAGGACUGAUGCCGAAGAAGACCGCUCAGACGAAGGACAACUAGACCAUACAUAUGCAGAACAGCCUUACGUGGAAAUUAUAUAAAAGGACGCAGUUAUAUAUAACAUGUUCGCAAAGGCUUUCCACAAGUUACCUCAAGGUCAUUUUUAAUUGUAUAUCCCAUAGAAGUUACGUGCAGAUUUAAGACGUAAUUGUUAUAUUCGCACAUUUCAAAAUGUGAUGUUCAGGGCCACUGAAAUUGCCUCGUGUUGAUUUUCCGAAAGUCGUUUCCGAAAGUUUUUUUAAUAUUGAACUAUACAUUGAAUAUAUGGAUUUUGGACAACAGUCAACACUUCUCAUUAUUAAUUAAUUUCGUUUCUUAACUUCAAGAUCUUGCACAUUUCAUCUUCAUUCAAUCAUUGAUCAUUUAUUUUUUCUUCGGAACCUUGUCAAAAAGUAUUCAUCGCAACGCGUCCCUUUUGGUUAAAGACAGUUCAGGUUCUUCGUGAACUGCGAACGCGCGGUAGCAUAAAUAAAUUUCGUGGUUGUGGUCAAUACAAUAAAAAGUAAUUGAAUAAUUUCCAUCUAAAAAAGUCACUUUGUAGAAAUGACAGGGUAAAAAAAAGUCUUUGAGAUUUAAGAAUUUUGUCUGUACAAAUUUAAAAUCAUUUAUAGAAAUCAAAAACAUUAGAUAGUGAUUAAGAUUCUUUGUAUUCGUUCUAUUCUAUUAUUUACCAAUUUCUAAUAUGUAUAUUUUGUGUAUUGUUUCAUUUCUCUAUUUUUACAUGCUCUGCUAUUCAGGGGUGAUAUCUACUACUCUGUUUACUUAGAUCAAAAGAUUAAUGUAAUCAGCGUAGCAUUUGAAAGCACUUCUAUUUGUAUGAAAAGCUAGGUAUUUCAUUUCAGUACAGUUCUUCGUUUGUUCACAGUAAUCGUUUGUUUUCGACUUUCGUUUUUUUUCUUCUUGGACACUGUACAACAUCUUGUAAUGUUGUGAUGUAAAUUCAGUCGAGUCAAACAUUAUUGUAGGUACUUUGAGGAUCAUUCUAGUUGCUUUGAAGUGAAUUUGGAAGGAAGAAAACCAAAGGUCUUUCGACACCUAAUGCUAAAUAGCUAUUAAAGUGCUCAG